AUGAUAGAAAUUCUACAAGCUGAUAUUAUGGAAAGAAAGCAAUAUGCUAACAUAUUUGGAGAUAGUGAUACUUCCGCCCUUGUGUUCCAUUUCUUACCUUUCAAUGGGGGAGGAGGACGUAUUAUUGUAAAACUUAUCGCUAGAAAACCCACUCUUGGUUUCUCCACAUUUUCCUGUCCGUUAACUGUUGUCUUUUUCAUUUUUUCCCUUUUUCUAUUUUAA